CAUCUGGCACGACAGCGGGCACCGAGCCAUCUAGCAGAACCGCGGGCACUGGGUCACCAAGCUCGACAGCAGGCUCCGAGUCAUCUAGCAGAACCGCGGGCACUGGGGUCACCAAGCUCGACAGUGGGCACCGAGUCAUCUGGCACGACAGCGGGCACCGAGUCAUCUGGCAGAACCGCGGGCACUGGGUCACCAAGCUCUAGAGUGGGCACCGAGUCAUCUGGCAGGACAGCGGGCACCGAGUCACCAAGCCGGCCCACGGGCACCGAGGCACCAGGCCGGACCACGGGCACUGAGGCACCAGGCCGGACCACAGGCACCGAGGCACCAGGCCGGACCAGGUUGCAUCGGGUCGUCAGGCUGAUCACGAACACUGGGUCAUCAGGCUGGAUCGGGUCAUCAGGCUGGAUCGGGCCAUCAGGCCGGAUCGGG